CCUAAAAACAGGAAGCAGUGAGGCAUGCUCACUCACUCAAACCAGAAACAGUGAAAAAUACGAAAAAAGGAGAAAACUACCGACGACAAUUAGAGAGGAAUUUCCGCUAUAGUUGUCUUACCGAAGGUUCUCUAAAAGGAAGGAACCAUUGGUACACCGCUUUUAUUUAACUGUGGUGGAUGCAGUUGAUUGAAUCCAAAAGAAGAGGUCACAGUUGAUGACAUGGGACUGCACCUGGCAAAACGUGAGACCCCUCUGGAAGAAAAGGAGCCAGCGUCAGAACCUGCAGCAGCCCUGACUGCCGCUGAUCCGGACGACAAUGAGGUUUUUGGCCAGGGUGAGGCAGAUGUAAACCAGAACAAUGGGAGCCCCUCGGAGAAGACAGCGGCGACUGACUCCACGGGAGCAGGGGGCCCGAAGAAUGCCUGGAGCGAUGCCAGCGCAGCUGACCCCAACGCCGCCCGCCCCCACUUGGUCCGCCUAUUCUCCCGAGAUGCCCCGGGGCGGCAGGACAACACCUUCAAAGACCGCCCCUCCGAGUCGGAUGAGCUGCAUACCAUCCAGGAGCACAGCGGAACGGGCACGGAGUCGGGUUCGGAUUGCGCAGAGCAAGACGCAGACUAGAGUCGCUCUCUCGUUUUUUUCCUCCCCCCUGACAUUUCAAAACCGAGAGACAGAGCAUCCUAAGCCCUAACCCUUGACCAUCGACAC